AUGGCAACGUACGGUGAUACAUUAAAUCAAACAUUUCCUAGAUUAUCAUCAAAUGGAGAUGAUGAAUUACAUCGUACAUUUCAUACUCCAUCAUAUAAUACAAAAUCAGCUGGUUUCAAUUUUGAACAACAGUUUUUGUUCGAUAAUGCAUUUCAUUCAAUAACAUAUCAACCAGCAACUGUAUCAUGUCAACAAAUGACAACUGAACAUCUUGAUCGUUUAUGUUAUUCUCCUAAACCAGCAUUUUCUCCUCGUUUUAUUUCUCAACAACAACAACAACAGCAACAACAACAACAACAACAAAUAUCAUCAUUACCUACAAAUCGUUUAAAUCCAUUUCGAGCAUUUCUUAUUGUUAAUCGUUUAACAUCAUCAAUCAUAAGUGUUAAUCGACAAGCUUGUGAAUAUUUUUGGUAUACAGAAACUGAACUUAAAACUAAAACAAUUGAUAAUUUAAUUCUUGAUGAAAAAUCUUCAUCUGUUAUAACAGAUUCAUUUUUAAGUCAACAAAGUGGACAAACAAAAAUUCUUGCUGGAAAAAUUGUUUAUGUUCUACUUGGUACCGGUGAACGUGCUCGUUUUUCAUUAUUUAUACAAGAUCUUGAUGGUGAUGAAAUACCAUUACGUUUUUAUGCAUUUGAACCUAUACAUUUAAUGCAAGCAAAAAUUAUUUGUGAUAAACAAGGUUUAAUUCUUUCAUCGGAUCAUAAUUUUUCUAUAUUAUUUCAUAAUACAAUGAUUGAUAAUAAUCAUUUAAAUGAAAAUCAUCAUAUUGGAGAUUUUAUUCCAACAUUAAAAGAUCAAUUUAAAUUUAAACAAUUAUUAAUACAUCGAACAUAUCGAACAACUGGUUUAUUAAAUAAUGAAAAAAAUUUAUUUAUUCCAUUAAUGAUAACAAUAUCGAAAAAUAAUGAAGAUAAUAUUCAAUUAAUUCUAUCAAUUAUGUCAAAUAUUAGUGGAUUAAUUAUGUUAGAUGAAACAUAUACUAUUCGAGCAUAUAAUCCUUAUUUUAUUCAAUGUUUACUUGGAUAUCGUUCACUUGAUUUAAUUAAUCAUCAUAUAACGGAAAUACUUCCAGAAUUCAAUGAA